AACUGCGCGAUAUUUCGAUCUAGGAAUUCCACCACGACACGCAAGCAAACAGGAAAAGGAGGCCGAAAGGGAAGAAGAAAGAAGGGAAGAGAAGGAAGAGAAAUAAAACAAAGAAAACAAAGCAAGGAAGAAACUCUCACACAACACAAGGGCAAAGGACUUUGGCACACAACAAGAAGUCAACAGUUGCAGAUCCAUUCUCCGCUUCCAUGGACCUCCCUCGUUUCCUCCCCCACCACCACCACCACUCAUCCAGGUACGCUUCUCUCCCCCCCCCUCCUCCUCCUCCUCCUCCUCCUUCCGCUCCUCGCCCUCGCUUCCCUGACAACUCAAUUUUUCAUAGCCCCCACAACCACCACCUUCCUCAGCCUCAGCCACAGCCACAACAUAUCCCAACUCUUCCACCUUCCUUCCAAUCAUCCCUCCCUCCCCAUCCUCCUCCACCACCUCCACCACCACAACAACACCACCACCACUACAAUCCAACCCAAUCCCAGUUCCCUGUCUCCUACGCCCACCCACUUCAGGAUUUCGCUCAAUCCCACCGAAUAGAAGAUCGCCCUCGUCACCGAUUGCCCGAACCGGACCACUCCCGCCGGGUUGACACUUGGGACCCAUCAAGGGUUUUGCCCGAUGCCCACCGCCCCGCCGCCAGACCUUACCACCCGCCUCUUGAUUUCGAUCUCGAUCGAAUCGAUGGGCAUCAGCAUCAGCGCCUGUUUGAUCGGCCGGUCAGUAAGUUUAGGCACGAUUCACAGGGUACUUCUAGGGUUAGAGUGGAAUUCAGUGGUGGGUUUGAUCCAAAACAAAAAGAUGACAACUUGGUUUGGGGUCACGGCGAUGAGAAUUAUCAUCGCCGUGGUAAUUUUCUAUCUGAUUCCGAUUCCGUACGUCGGGAUUUUUUUGGGUUUGUGUCUACCUCUAGGGAUGUUGAAUCGAAGUUGGUUGGUUAUGAUCACCGACAUGGCUCGGUGCGUGAUAAUGAGGCAUAUAGGAGUUUUAGAAUUGGUGGAGGCCAUGAUGGACAGGCCUCGAGAGACAUAGGUGAUCUGUUGUAUGAAAUGGGAAGCAAUGAGACUGGUGAUUGUGAUGGGGUUCGGAUUGGUUCCGCCAAGCGCGAGUAUUAUGGUUUGGAAGUGGGGAGAUAUGAUCAUAAUAGAGGGAACAGAGAGGGUAGUCAUGAAUAUAAUCGCACUCCACGGAAACAAGUACAGAAGAAGAGUGCUUUUCUGAGAAUUCAGAUGGCCAAACCUAAUAACAGGAAUAGAGAGAGUGAGCAGUUACAUUAUUCUGGUUAUUUUGAUAAAGGCAACUUUGGUUCUUUCAGGGGUAAAGAUCAAUCCGUAUAUCUGGAUCAUGGGAUGGAAGAAGAGGAAGAGGAUGAGAGAGAGGGGAGCCCGGUAGAGCUUGAUGUUUCUUUUAAAUCUAACUCACUGGUGGCCAAGGCGAUUGUGGUACCUUCUGGUUCAGCCGUUGUUUCUGAUAUGAAUUUGAUUCCUAGGAAUGAGAAAAUUAGGAAAGUAUCUGAUGGUGAUUGUUCAAAUUCCCAACUGAAUAAACUCAGUGAGGGUACUGUAAAUUUGGAUAGCUCCACUUGGGUUGCUAAUAAGGCAUCCAAUUCUGAAAAGGACUUGAAACAUCAGGAAGAGAAAGUAAUGACUUCUGAUUUUGGGAAUGUUUGUGAUGGUAGUUCUCAGUCUUGUUCCCGUAGGACCAGUGUGUCAGUAGGAAACAGUAAAGUUGAAAGGUCUCCUAAGGUUUUGGUUUCGGAUAAAGAUGGUACUAAUGUUGGUUCUGGCAAAACAACAGCUCCUAAGUUUGUGAAGAAGAAGAAAAUUGUGAAGAAAGUAGUGAAGAAAGUCAUGAACCCGCAAUCUCGUUUGUCAAGUACACAGCAAACAAAAAAGUGCGAUGAAACUGCAAAAGCAGAUUGCUCCACUCAUAGUCCACCUGCUGCCCCCAACUCUGGGAAGGGUGUACCACUUUUAGAACAGAUAGUCACUUCUGAUGGCAUGACUUCAAGGCACAAUGUUGCGUUGAAGCCUUGUUUAGAUAAGGUAAAUGGGUUGCCUGAAAAUGACAUAGCAGAUAGAUCUCCAGUAACUGCAGUAUCACAUGAUUGUGGAAUUAAUGUUGAAUCUGGUAGAGUAUGUGUGACUAAGAUCAAGAGAAAUUGGAAGAAUUCAACUUCUGUUUUGGGUUCUUUAAGUUGUGAAGAAAAUAGAAUCAAUGAGAGUCCUGUAAAUGCGGAUAAUUCAGUCCAUAGCUUGCAUAGCAUCUCAAAUUCUGACAAUGAUUUUAAACCUCGAAAUGAAAUUACUUUUUAUGAGAUUGGUCAUGUGAAAGAUGUCAGCAAACAGUUAAAUCAUAAUGUACUCUCGAUAUCACUUGAGAAUGAAGCAGAAAAAGAAGCCACAGAGACCGUGCUUUCUUUAGAAGAUAAUGUUAAUUCUCGCUUGUUAAGUUCAGAGGAAACCAAAAUUCAUGAGGAUAUUUCAAAUACAUAUAGUUCACCCCAUGAUGCAAACAACAAAUUGGGUUUUGAAAAUUGUACAGAUAAGUCACAAGAGAAUAUUACUGCUUCUGACAUUGGCAUCAUGGACACCAUUAAAAAACAGCCUUGUAUAGAUCAGUUCUCUACAUCACUUGAGAAUAGUAUUCCGGAAGGAAUUCACCCAGCACUGAUAGGAAGCAGUGCAAUUGUCAGUUUGUCAAGUUCAGAGAAAACCAAAAUUCAGAAGGAUCUUGUUUAUGCCGAAUGCUCCAACCAUGGCAGAGAUACCUGGAAUUCUGACAAUGGUUGUUGUUCUAGUUUGGAAGAAAAAUAUACUGUGUGCAACAGUGGGACCAUUAAUUAUACUGGCAAGCAUCCAUCUACAGGUAGGGUCGCUAUAUCGCUUGAGAAUUAUGCAAAAGAAAGAUAUCCAAAUGAUAUGGUUACAGUCGGAGCUAGUGAGGGUAACACGCAUAAGAUUAAGAAGAGGAGAAAAAGGAGGACUCAGUUAGAUUUCUCAAAUUCAACGAACAUACAUACAGAUCCUGUAAAUGAUGUAGUUAGCCCUGCAAAUGCUUUGGAUGCAACCUUAGGCUUUUCUUUAAAGGAUCUAAGUCCUGCAGAAGCCCCAGUUUCUGGGGUUGGAAGUUUGGAUAUUGGCUUACUACCUGGUACGGAUGGUAUCAGUGUGCUGCAUGCAAACAGUUUGGCAGAUGGGUUUUCUGAGGUUAAGCUUACAAUGAACAGUGAUGUUAAUAGUUAUCUUGAUGGGAAUUCGCCCAGAUAUAAAAAGAACAGAGAAGUUUCUGCUACUGAUUCGCCAUCGUCUAGGCCAACUGUAUCUGAGACCAAUGAGAGACCCACAGACACCUCCAUUUCUUGUGCAGAAGUAUCCUUAACUAAAAAUGAUGAUCAAACGCAACCAGAAGAAGUUGCAGUGUCUAGCAUACAUAAUUUGCCUUGUCCACAUGGGAUCACUGUGUUGCUUGAUAAUACUUUGGGGGCAAGAUCUUCUGAGGCUGUGGGUGAAACCAGGGAUGUCUAUACAGAUGAUGGUUUGAAACUUCUGCAACUAGGUGUUGAAUCUUUUUCAAAUGCUGAGGAUCCAAAUGCACAGUCUCCUUGUCCAUCAGGUUUGGGAAGUGAGCAGAAAGAAAAUAGUACUCCGCUUAUGGUUGUUGAUAUUAAUCAAAAUGACACUAUGGAUAUAGAAACUAGUGAUGGAGAAAAAAUGGAUGCACAAGCUGCAGAAGAUCAAGUUUUAAUUCAUGGUGAGACUCCUCUGCACAAAAUUACAUCAGAGCCUCUGUUCCCAGACUUGGAUCAAAGAUUUUCCAGUACAGAUAUUGAAUCAGAUUAUGUUCUUGUGAAGGAUGAUUUGCCUUCAGUCUCAAACAAUCCGUCCUUCUCUGAUGAUGGUGCUGGGUUUUCUUCUCCUAACACCAAUGAUGAAGUUAUGGAAUCUAUGUCUAGAACACUUCUGGGUGUGGGUUCUCCAGAAACCUUGUCCGAAGUCCCAAGCAUAAUCAUGUUGAAUGGCAAAGCAUCACCCAGCCAAAUUUCCAAUGAUAAGGUUUGUGGGGAUGACCAAAAGCUAAAUCAGAAGUUUGUUGAAGAUGGUUCUGGUGUAUGUGCGCAUACUCCAUUUCCACAGUAUACCAAGCGAGAUCGUGCAACUGAAAGUGACCACUCAGUCAUGGGGAAGACGGUACUGUUGCCAUCACAAGAUUCCAAAAUUACAUCUUGCAGACCAAAUCUCAUGAGUGCAGAAUUAAUAGUGAAGAGGAGACAGACGGGUCCUUCCAUUCCUAGGGCUUUUCCAAGUCGUUCAUCUUUUGUUUUGACAAAUUCAAAUAAGACAGGCUCUUCUGCCCGUAUUGCAAAGCCCCGAACUUGGCAUCGAACUGGCCCUGCUCCUCCUCUGCCCGUUAAUAAGCCUUUCACAAAUAACAUUCCUCCCAAAAGGCAGUUGGUGGAAAAUAACAUGAAGUAUCAGAGUACGUCUUACAUUCGUAAAGGCAACAGUCUUGUAAGAAAUCCUGCUCCAGCUGCUGCUCAACAACACAGCUCUCAUGGUUUGAGUUCAUCUGUUUAUCGGGGGCACUCUUCAGGCACAGAUGAAUCGAAGAAGAGCACAGGCUUUGACAGUAGGGCUGAUGUUACUGAUCCACAGAAUCUUUUGAGAUUAGGAAUGCAUACUCCCCUUGAGAGGCCCAGGACACCCCCAUUACCCAGUGGCACCAAAAUAUCUACUGGAACUGAUAUCUCUUCAGGGGAUAAUACAUCUUCCCCAUUGGCAGAGAGUCCCUUUAGUGGUUGCUGUGAAACUACAUCAGAUCCUAUGAAAUUUACAGAAUUUAACAAUGUGCCAGAGAGUGCUGAAGAUCCUCUGAAGAUUUCUGAAAAUCUAAGUGGUACAUCAAACAAUUUGGAAAGCAAAGCUGAACUAAGUGAUGGGAAUGCGGCAUCAAUUAACAUGAAGAGGAUAAUAUACAUAAAGCGCAAAUCAAAUCAGCUGGUUGCAACUUCAAACCCUUGUGAUCUGUCUGUACACAAUGGCAAUAACAUUCAAGCAACCUCUGACGGCUACUAUAAGAGAAGAAAAAAUCAGCUUAUCAGGGCUUCAUUGGAAAAUCAGAUAAAAAAGUCAGUUUCCAUGCCUGAUGAUCUUUUAAACUCGGGGGGCCAACGGGUUCCUAAGGUUGUUUCCAGCAGAAAAUUUAGUAAGAGAAGAUUACAUAAGGUUGUAGCAAAGACAUGUAAACCUGUAAAAUCCUCUCUGGUGUGGACGCUUUGUGGCAUGCAGUCCUUGAAAAAUGAUUGUGAUACUUCGGAUCAUCAGCAGGUCCUGCCGUACCGAUUUCCAUGGAAAAGAGCAACAUACGGGAGAAGCUUCAUGCAUAAUCAAAUUUCCAGUUCCAAUAAUAGUUCUUUAUCUAUGAUCAGUCGGAAAUUGCUUCUGUUGAGACAAAGGGACACUGUCUAUACAAGAUCAAUCAAUGGAUUUUCACUCCGAAAAUUCAAGGUUUUAAGUGUUGGGGGGUCUAGUCUUAAAUGGUCAAAAUCCAUUGAAAAGAACUCAAAGAAAGCUAAUGAGGAAGCUACACUAGCAGUUGCUGCAGUUGAGAAAAAGAAAAGAGAACAGAAUGGUGCUGCAUGCGGUAGUUCUCAGACAAAGAAUAGAAAUCAUUCUUCGCGAGAUCGUAUAUUCCGCGUUGGCUCAGUUCGCUACAAGAUGGAUUCUACAAAGCGGACACUUCAGAGGAUUUCAGAUGAUGAAUCAACAUGCUCUACUUCGCCUCAACCGGAAAAGGAUGCCAAGAAAUCUUACAUUCCAAGGAGAUUAGUGAUUGGCAAUGAUGAAUAUGUUCGGAUUGGCAACGGAAACCAGCUUAUUAGAGAUCCAAAGAAACGAACUCGCAUUUUGGCAAGUGAGAAAGUUAGAUGGAGUUUGCAUACUGCCAGACUUAGGUUGGCUAAAAAACGGACAUACUGUCAGUUUUUUACGAGAUUUGGGAAAUGCAAUAAAGAUGAUGGGAAAUGUCCCUACAUCCAUGAUCCUUCCAAGAUUGCUGUCUGCACAAAGUUUCUGAAUGGUUUAUGUUUCAAUCCCAACUGCAAAUUGACUCAUAAGGUCAUUCCAGAAAGAAUGCCGGAUUGUUCUUACUUUUUGCAAGGUUUAUGCACCAACAGAAAUUGUCCUUAUAGACAUGUAAACGUGAAUCCAAAGGCCUCUACUUGUGAAGGAUUUCUAAGGGGCUAUUGCGCCAAUGGCAACGAGUGUCGGAAGAAGCACAGUUAUGUCUGCCCCAUUUUUAAAGCAACAGGAACCUGUCCUCAAGGGUCCAAGUGCAAGCUUCAUCACCCAAAAAGCCGAAGUAAGGGAAAGAAAAGGAAACGAUCGGGAGAACAGAAGAAUGCUCGAGGCCGUUAUUUCGGUUCUAUUCAUAUCAAUGUUUCUGAGCCUCGAACAGCAGUACAAGAAAAACACACUACACAAAACAAUGAUGAGAUUUUCUUGGAAGGAAAAUCUGCUGAUUACAUCAACCUUGAUGUUAGUGAUGAAGAAGUUGGUGAAAGUAAUGACCGAACAAGGGAGCAAACAUUUUGUGACAGUGAUCCGUUGGAUGAACAAUUGGAUGAUCUUGAUGAGCUAAUAAAACCAGUUCGUAUAAUGAUCAAUUUGACGACUUAAUUAUCUUCAGAGUUGAUAGCCAAAGUGAAAGCUUACAACGUAUACUGUGGGGGAAUGCAAUGUAUUGGUAAACGAGGUAUAGCAGGUUUUUUUUUUUUUUUUUCUUUGUAUUUGUUCGUUUUUUUCUGCCAUUGCAGAAUCAUUUUGUAUGCCUCUAGUGUAUGUGUAUUCUUUGUACGUUUACAAAGCAUUAUAAUAGUAAAAUGAAUUGAGAAUUAUACCUA